AUGAGCACAAAGAACUGUGGCGGGACCUGUGCAUAAUGCCACUCUGUGCAUGGAACGACUAUUCAAUGGCAAUGUGUUAAUGCAGUAGAUUAUGCUCUCAGACACACACUCAAAUUAUUUUGAGAGGACAGCGGAGCUCCCCCAAAUGAUUUUGACAGUGAGAGCACAAUCCACAUUGCGACAAUGAAAAUCUGCCAUGAUGCCGGCCUGCUUGUCACUGCAAUGAUCUGCUGGAUAGGUCAACCAGUCUUAAGCGACUUGCUGGAGAUUGCUCAGUACAGAAUGAGAAAUGCAAAAGGAAGACUGAUAAGGCCGCCACCCAUCCCACCAAAGCCAAGAGAUCGGGAAAAAUCUGCUAUACCGGAGUCGUUCUUCACAGCGCCACUGAACAGCAAUCCCCAUAAUUACACAUUCUUAAUCAACGAACCGAAACUCUGCUUGAACCAACCCGACAUUUAUCUCUUGAUUUUGAUACGCACAAUAUACUCGCAAGCGGAUCGCCGACAGGCUAUACGGCAGACCUGGGCUAAUCAGAGAAACUUCCCAAACCAUCAGGUGAUUUUGGUGUUUCUGUUCGGUGUGACGGAAGACAAGAAAGACCAGCGUGGGAUUGAGGAUGAGAGUCGCCGAUACGGUGACGUUGUUCAGGAGGACUUCAAAGACACGUACGGGAACCUUACGUUAAAGGACGUCAUGGCAUUUAAAUGGGCGUGGUUAUACUGCCCGCACGCCAAAUUUGUAUUAGUGGGAAGCGACGAGGUUGUCAUCGAUGUGUUCAAAUUAGUGCCAUUUUUGGAAUAUUCCAUGCUUAGGACAAACAAGAGAGAAAUAAACAAUAGAUUUGUACUGUGCCACCUGUAUCCCUGCUGCACUAAAGUACAUCAUGAGCAUCCAAAGUAUGGUGUCAGUGUUAAAAAAUAUAGCGGCAACGCAUGGCCAAAUUACUGCUCAGGAACUACUUACAUAGUCCCAUCAGAUGUGAUCAGGAAACUGUAUGCAAUGUCAUGGGAUACGCCAAGCUUCAUGCCAGACGAUGCAUGGAUCGGUGUCCUGGCGGAAAAGUUGGGCCUAACAUUCCACGAUUCCUUUAAAACGUUUGCCGGGAUACGCAACAACCCGACCGUCAUGAAAUAUUUCACGGCUGACAAUUACUUCAAUAGCGAGGUCAUGAUCGGUGUGCUCGACUAUGAUUUUCCCGGCCAAGAAUCUGUGAUGAUGAAACGCGUGUGGCAGCUUAUCCUCGACCAUCACAAGGGGAAGAAAGUGGCGGAGAGUUUUUGGAUGGAACGAGAUCGCCGAAGCUACAGGGCGGAACCAAAUGAAGACGAGCAUGAGACACCUUUUAGUUCUGGUUUCCUGCUAAAUAUCUCUGUAGUUUCUGUACUGGUUUUUAUAAUGUGUUAUUGGCUCAAGAAGAAACGGAAUAGGCUUCUGUGUCGGAGAUGCAUGAAGUAAAAAUAUUUCACCACAGGCAUAGCCAGGGGGGUUUGGGGUACCACACGCAGUUGAAAAGGAAAGUCCCUUUAGGCAAGCAUAAUACAGUGUUCAUAUUUUUACACGUAACUUUUGUUACAUGCAGAGCAAACAAGUCAUUUCCAAAGGUGGGGGCUACAUAUGAUUCAUGAUGUCACUUCUCAAACUCUUGACAUGUCACGACAUGUUUUCAAGUCUAAAGUCAACUACUGAAUGCUGAUGACAAGUGACAACUGAACAGUGACAAGUAACAACCUGAAUCAAAUGACAUGUAAGUUAACCUGGCCUAAGAUGUCAUAACUGUGACCCGCUCUACCAAAACUAGGCGCUUGUCGCAUCUGAACUUGCCAGGUUGAUACGGACUUGUUGUUCAUUUCCCUAUUGUAGACCUUUUGUGAAAUGUGACCAAAUCAGUUUGUAAUAGAUUUCACAAAAGGUCUACAAUAGGGAAAUGAACAACAAGUCCGUAUCAACCUGUCAAGUUCAGAUGCGACAAGCGCCUAGUUUUGGUAGAGCGAGUCACAACUUACCAAAUAUAUGCAUUGUAUUUUUGGAAAAGGACCCUUCCCCAGCUUCACCUAUGUUCACUCAAUGAGAUUAUAUGACACACUUUGUCUAGGCAUGAACCAUAGCUGCAGUUCCCGAACUAAAGUCUGCUACUAGAGGUUCAAAAAUUGAUUGUACUGCUCAUAUUUGAAAGGUUUUCAACGAAUUUUAUUAAACCUACCUCAAAUGAAUCUCUACAUCGUGUCCUGCCAUUUUAAUCCAUUCAAACUUUCACUUUGACCAUGAGCGCUCCCACCGUUUCUGAGAUACUCUCUCGUUUCUGAAAUCGCAUCCUAGG